UUGUCGAGAAUCUAAUCAUCUACUGCUCUUCUAUUAUAUGACAACCCUAACCACAAAACGAAAAGAGAAGGAGCAUGAAGAGGAAGCAGCUGGGCAUGAAUGACAUCCUCCCUUGGGAGCUCAUUGACCGAAUCUUUCUAAGGGUACCCGCCAAAGACCUGUUUCGCCUCAGAUUCGUUUCAAAACUUUGGCACUCUCUCAUUUCCGAUCGACACUUUGCGGAAUCGCAUUACAACUUCCACUCCGCAUCUUCCCGUUCGCUCUUCUUGGUAAAAGACUAUACUAAUGCUUGCUGUGUUCCCUUAGACACGCUAUUUGAUGUUGCAGCAGCACCACCAACAUUCAAAGAGGUAUCUCUCCCUUCCAGGAAGAUGCCAUAUUCUCUUUUUUGUCUCCUGGGAUCCUGCAGAGGUUUUCUUCUCUUAGAGGAAAAACCAGCUAAUUUUCUUGUUAUAUGGAAUCCACUGACCGGAUCCAGCAAAACAAUAUCUUACUCUCAUAUCGCCUCAGAGAUCCAGCCCGAUGAUGCAUUUCGAUAUGGAUUUGGUUUCGAUGCAUCACGUGAUGACUAUUUAAUAGUUCUAUAUUGGCAUGAUAAUUAUUACAACGAAGACGUAUACUUAGAAUGCUUUUCGUUGAGAACCAAUUCAUGGAUUGAUCUCGAUGCAGCACUCCCCAAACCCUUGGGUAGGUGGAAGCAGCGGAAACGUUCUGAUUUGUUCUUACAUGGUGCUAUUCAUUGGUUGUGUUGCUCUAGUGAAGAUUACAUUGAUGAUGAUAUUCUUAUCUUUGAUUUGAAGGAAAGGAGUUUCUCAAAGAUAUCUAUACCAAAACAACUCGUAGGGUGUUACCCCAUCUAUCUCAUCACAGUAGAAGGGUGCCUAGCCUUGUAUUUGGAUGACAAGCAUAAAACUGAGAUAUGGGUUAUGAAAGAAUAUAAAGUGUCGUCAUCUUGGAUUUUAAUGUAUGACAUUCCUUAUGGUAACAAUGUGCCUAUAUGCAUGUCCAAUGGAAGUGACAUUAUUGCGCUAAAUUAUACUAUGCGGUAUUCCAAGUUAAGAUUUGUCAAAUAUAACGUCAUUGGAGAGCUUCUAAAUUAUUCUCCUCUACCUCUUUCUGAAUAUUAUUACUUCUAUAGAAGUUCCUGUGUAUACACAGAGAGUCUCUUGCCAUUGCCCGGUGACAUUAAGGAUAGGGAUAAGAAGAACAAAACUGGCCAAGAAUGUUUUGAACAACAUGAUGUUGCCGAAGAUUAGAAUCACAGUGGGAUCCAAUAAAGGAAGAGAAUAUGGAGCAAGCAUAUUAGUGAACAAAGAACAUACAGGCAAACAACUUAGAGUUGUAAAUAAAUCGUAGGGUUCACAAGUUUAGCAGGAAGAAGA